CAAUACCGAACAGCGUUUUGGCUUCGCUCCUGCUUCCCGUCGCCCAACACCGACACUUUUUGCAGAGGCGCUUGCAAGACUACCAUAGGCAUAGAGAGCUUACAGGCGUUUCAACGGAAUCUUCUGUCGACCUUUAGUAGAUACGAGAGAACGUGGACCAAGCGAAAUGUUCUCGACAGUUGCCCGCCGAAGCCGACUGGUGUCGCUAAAGCAUUCUGGCCAGGCCCACCCCACCGGUGGUUGUCCAACACUCAGGGCGUCGCUCUGCCCUCUCCAACGCCACUUCAGUCGUACGGUUGCAGCUGCCGACGUUAGACAGCCUGACGCCGAAGCAAAACUGCCGCUGAGCGAAGCGCUAUGGGAAGCAGCUGACACCGUGGAAUCCAAGGGGAAGGCAAAGAGGAGGCCUGCGGGUGCGAGUGCGGAUGCCUACGAAGGACGUAGUGCCGACGGAACACGGCGGAAAGGAAACAGAAGGAACCCGGCAGGCGCAUCCAGAGGGCCCAUCUUUCCACGUCGAGGGGUCACGGAGGUUGAAGAUCUGCGUCCGAGAGACAUAAAUUCUCUGCGACUGGCUCUGCACUCUCAUGACGGGAUACACGCCUGGCGGUGCUUCCUUCACCUUGAGGCGCAGAGGCAGCUGGAGCCCCUGACGAUGGAGGACUACAAUAACCUGCUACGAGUCGUGCGAGCGCGGCCGAAUUUCGGCAAAGUGAGCGAAAAUCGAGCACGAAAAACCAUCAACAACAUGGAUCACAUAGUGAAGACCAUGACGGAACACGGUCUUUCCCCGAAUGCCGCCACCUACGCUACUUUAGUGACGGCUCAUGCGAACGCAGGAGAUGUGGAAGGGGUGCAGCAGAUUUCCGAUAUCGUUGCGGAGAAGGGAUGGGUGUUAGAGAAUGAAAAGGCCGCCAUGCUUUUGGCCCGCGCAAAAGUGUCUCCAAAGGAAGCAUUGGAGGACUUUGGCCUGUAUUUGUUGAAGUAUCGUCACGACGGGAGGGGCGUCCCUAUAUAUAACAUGCUCCUGCAGCAGUUUUCCGAGCUCGGGGAUGACGAAAGCUUCCACCAAACGCUGAGGCUUGCCAAAGAGUUCUUACUGGUGCCCAACUCUGCGACCUACGACAUCCUGAUUCAGCACUUUGCAAUACGUGGUGAUUUGAACGAAGCGAAGGGAAUAUUGGAACAGCGAAACCGUCAAGGGUUACCGAAGUCGGUCAAUAGCUACACGGGCCUCAUGAAAGGUUAUGACAAAGCUCGCGACUAUCAAGGGGUCCUUGAUCUGUUUCGAGAGCUGGAAGCGAGUAAUAUUCCUCUUCUUAUCAGCACAUACAACUUCGUCAUGCGGGCCAUGCUCAAUGUGUCCGAUUACCGAGGGGCGAUGGUCAUGUUCCUCCGAUUGAAGAGAAAUCAGAGGCUGUCUCCCAACACUAUGACGUUCGGUGUUCUGGGCGACCUCAUACUGAAGUGGCCAAACACCUUCCGGGACCUUGUGAUCCAAGCUCGUGGUCAGGCAUCUCCCCAGCUCUACAAAUGGGUCAUCAAAGGUGUUCUGCAGGCUGAUCGUCGGAGAGCCGUCGCCAAACUCUGCGAGGAGUUUCGCGACUUGAACAGGGUGCAACCGUUUAACUUCGUCCUCACCGAUUGGUUGCUGAACGCCGAGCUCGAAGUCAACUGCAUUGUUGGGCAGCGCGCCUUGGCUGAACGUUUGUGGAAUGAAUACUUCAAAGCGAACCCUUCUCCAGUAGCAAAAGCUAAAGCUUGUUACUCGAUGCUGGUCCUGUACGGCCACCCUGAGGUUCGAGACUACGUCAAAGCCCGGGAAAUGUUUGAAGAACAUCGGUCCACGGGAAUCCCUGUUACUCUGGUCACAUACGAUCGCCUGUUGCGGAGCGUUUGGAGGUUCGAAGAAAAGCUGACAGAGCGCGCGAUCGCUCUGGUUCGCGAAGUUGUCGAUUCGGGCCUGGUCCGCAUACCAUCGUCAAUGGCCCCGGAAAGUCUGUGUCGGAAGGCCAUGGAGGCAAUUGGCCAUGGAGACGUUUCGCAUGGCUUCCAACUGCUUGCGUGGGGAAAACCCAUCGAUUACGACGCCAUCCCAUUGUGGACCGACCUCUAUCCGGAAGGCAAGCGCGAAGCAACGCCGGAGAAAGAGUGGAACGAGCUGGAUAUUUAUGCAUGAUUGUACGGAAAUCACCGACGAGUCCAUACCCCACACAUACAUACAUACAUACAUAUAAGUGAGAUCAUGGCUUGUGAGGGACAUCACAUGCACCUCAUAGCUUGACGAGCGAGUUACAUGACUCUGCGGCUUGCAACUUGUCGAUGGUAUAGUGCAAGGAGACUAGGCCAGAUGUGUCGGGAGGCCCAACAUCUGAUCUGUGCCUUGGACUAAUGCCUACUGAGAGGCAGAUAUACAUUGGCUUCUCACUAUUUGGAUACUCCGGUCGCAGCGAA